AGAGAGAGAGCCCCUGAAUAAUCUGGCGGGGCCAAGAUGAGCCGGAGAUCCAAGCCUGGAGUCCGGGGGCAGCACGAAAACAUGCCGUCCUGCUUACUCAAGGAUCACGAGAACCAACAAGUGUUUGACCUCUUGGGCAGGAAAUGCACGGCUAUCGUCACAACUGUAGCCCAGCUGUUCUUGGCCUUGCCCCAGGGCAGCAGAAACUGGUCCAAGCAAGGCUGUGGAGUCCUGUGCUUCGUGAAGGAUAAUCCCAGGCGUUCAUACUUCAUGCGCUUCUACGAUCUGAAGGAUAGAAAGAUGAUCUGGGAACAGGAAUUGUACAACCAGCUCAUCUACACGGCUACCACCUCUUUCUUCCACACCUUUCCAGGAGAUGAGUGCCAAGUGGGGUUCAGCUUUGCCGAUGAGAACGAGGCAUUUGACUUUCAGCAAAUAGUGGAGGAGAAGAUCCAGAAGAGGAGCCAGAGGAUAGAAAGGAGAGAGUUACCACCUCCGCCACCUCCUGUCAAUGAAGAGAGAAGAGCAACCCUUCCCCGGAUCCCAUCUUCUGGGAGUGACUUGAAUGGGCCUGGUAAGCAGCCAAAUUCCCCGCCAUCGGCUCUGAAUCUGGCAACCGUCGACAUCCAGAAUCCGGAUAUCACUUUUUCCCGUUACCGUGGGCUCCCUGUUCCUACAGCAGUGGAUAAAAAGAAGGGGAAAAAGAAGAUUUCUAAAGCCGACAUUGGCGCUCCCAGUGGGUUCAAGCAUAUCCAGCACAUUGGUUGGGAUCCCAACAGCGGAUUUGAUGUGAACAACUUAGACCCCGAUUUGAAGACGCUCUUCUCCCGGGCGGGAAUCAGCGAAGCUCAGCUGACUGAUGUGGAAACCUCCAAGAUUAUCUAUGAUUUCAUUGAAGGCCAAGGAGGGCUGGAGGCUGUGAAGGAGGAGCUAAGAAAGCAGGGUCCGACACAUCCUCCACCCCCACCUCCGAAUCGAUCUGGCCCCUUCCCCCCACCUUCUGGACAUUCCCGAACUGGCCCUCUACCACCCGUCCCAAGCCCGCUACCAGGUGCUCCACCCAUAUCCAGCAGGGGAGCUGUCCCCUCACCCCCACAACCCCCUCGAGGACAUCCCAAUUCUCAGUGGGGGCCUCCCCCAUCUGUCAGUCGCUCGGCCCGUCCUCCACCCCCUCCUUCUGGGUCAGUCCCACCACCGCCUCCUCCCCCACCUCCUCCCCCACCUCCUUUCCAGAGUUCUGCACCAUGUCCACCACCCCCACCCCUCCCUGGAGUGAUUGGUUCCGUGGGGACGCCACCUCCUCCUGCUGCUUCCUCGGGGCGUGGUGCGUUGCUGGAUCAAAUACGUCAAGGAAUACAACUCAACAAGACACCCGACAUGGAUCCUCUACCGCCACCUGCGCAAAGCUCCGAAGGCCUGGUUGGGGCGCUCAUGCACGUGAUGCAAAAGAGGAGCAAGGUUAUCCACUCUUCAGAUGAUGAUGAAGAUAAUGGGGUUGAAGAUGAUGACGAUGAGUGGGACGAUUGAGGUCCUCUGGGCACGCAGGCUGCUCCUUCUACCAAUCAUCUGUUGUCUGAAUUGCUUUGGGCCUUUCAUUAUGUUGCCGUUUUGUCAUUGGAAUCCCGCAACCCAUUCCCGUACCCUGGCCUAGAAAUCUGUGCAGGCCGCUCUGAGAGCCAAGCUACAAGUGACGCCUUACACAGG